UGUCUCUCAGGUUGACGAGAAGAGUUCAGAAGAUAUUAUAAUGGACGAGGAUAUCGAGAGAGCGACAUGGAAUGAACAAGAUGAUAUCGUUGGGUUCGGUGCUGAUGAUAAUUGUACUACACAUCUCGACGAGACCUCUGGAGAUGAUUCUGUUUUCGAUGACAUCCGGAAUCAACAGAGUAAGGAUGAAUUGAUUUCGUUUGUGGAUAGCAUGCAGUCGUCGGAAAGAGGUGACCACUCGCCGUGUAUUUCUAAGGAUAUUCUAUUUCAAACUAAAAUAUCAGUGGGCAGUGGAGACUCGUCAAGGGGCAGUAUUUCAAGAGAAUCAAUGAAGGUCAAUCUUUCCCAGGACAGCUCCACUCUGGACCAACCCGAUGAUCUAUCAGCAUCGGCUCCCCCGUCUCAAAGCCAACCUGAACCAGUGGUGCG